AUGCCUCCUCGGCAGCUGCGAAAGCUGACUGUUCGAACUGCUCUCCUUUCCGCUAUCCUCAUCACAACGUUCUUCGACGUGGUCGGCCAUCACCGAUGGAUCAUAAACCAGGCAGCACGAAAGCCUCGUUCCGAUGUUGGAGCCCAGAGGAUAUUUAUUGCAAGCACGCAUUGGAACAAUGAGGCCAUUCUGCGGGACCAUUGGAACGCCGCCGUUCUUGCGCUGUGCCGCCACUUCGGGACCGAGAAUGUUUACAUAUCCAUAUACGAAAGCGGCAGCUGGGACGACUCGAAAGGCGCCUUGCGCGAGCUGAACCACAGCCUCCAAGAGCUUGGGGUCAAUCGGACAAUUGUGCUCGACCCGACCACACACCAAGAUGCCAUCUCUCAAACGCCAGGAUCCACUGGCUGGGUUGACACGCCUCGAAAUGCCCGCGAGCUCAGGAGAAUUCCUUACCUUUCCUACCUGCGAAAUUUAUCUUUAUCGCCGCUAGAGAGAUUAAGAGCGUCCGGUGUCCUGUUCGACAAGGUUUUGUUCCUCAACGACGUGGUGUUCACAGUCGCUGAUGUUGUAACCCUCUUGAAUACGAACAGCGGUGACUAUGCUGCAGCGUGCUCUCUGGACUUUUCGAAGCCGCCCAGCUACUACGAUACGUUUGCCUUGAGAGACGCCGAGGGCCAUGGGACAGUGAUGCAAACAUGGCCGUACUUUCGCUCGGCGAGAUCAAGGGGUGCGCUGAAAAGAAAUCAACCAGUCCCGGUCAAGAGCUGCUGGAAUGGAAUGGUCUUCAUGGACGCAACGCCCUUCUACAAUAUCAAUGCGACUUCUCUGGGUAGGCUUCGUUUCCGAGGCAUUGACGACUCCCUGGCCCAAGCCCAUCUUGAAGCGUCCGAGUGUUGCCUUAUUCACAUGGACAAUCCCCUCUCUCGUACCAGCGGUGUCUGGCUGAAUCCAGAUGUCCUUGUAGGCUACAAUAAGCUCGCGUAUGAUACCGUCCACUCCCGCGAACAUCGAAUGUCGUUGCUAGGGUAUCUACGAGCAUCGUGGGAAAAUCGAAUACGACGCUGGCUCACGACAGACUGGUUCAAGAAGAUGGCGGUCUAUUUGCGUCUACGGCAGUGGGAAAAGGAAGACUCGGCCCACCUGGAGUCUGGCGUCGAUUGUCUCAUCAACGAAAUGCAAGUGCUGAUAUCGAAUGGCUGGAAACAUCUAUGAGCGC